AUGGCAUCAGAAAAGAUCCCUGACAUUUACGGACCGGGCACUUUCACGGACAAAACAUUUACGCCAGUACCUGAAGACACUCAGAGAAUCUUCCGUCUCAUAGCAAGUCAGACUCCCGGUUUCACGCAAGAUGAGCGCCUGCUCUCCAAAGUCAAAUUCACCGGAGAGGACUACCCUGUCAUUCCUGGACCCAUCAAGGCUGUCUCCGUUGCCGCUGCCCUCCACGCAAUGACUGGCGUUCUCGCCGACGAGAUUCUGGCCAUUCGCGGCGAAAACAACGAUGAGCGACAAACCACUGUCAACACCACACAUGCAGCAUUCUGGUUCGGCUGCAUCGCGACCGCUUUCCUCGACGGUGUUGAUGUAGUCACCAUGGUCAAGCAGGGCAAGCUCAAGGGUCUUCUUCCUGACUGGGAGCAAGGCUGGACGGACACAUCUCUCAAGUACCGGACAACUGGGCUGUACCCGACCAGCGACCCUGAAGUCUGGUAUUCUCUACACGGCAGCAUGAACGCUGACCCGGUCUUACGCUCUAUCGGCGUCGACCCCUCGGCCCCGAUCAAGUCCAAUGACGAGGCCGCUGCGCACAUUGCCCAGCACACUGCCAAACUGAGCCCCGAGAAGAUGGAAAUGACCAAUCUACUCAACGGCUUCUGUGGCAGCAUCUGCUUUACCCCGAAACAGUGGCGCGAAUCCGAAAUGGGCCGUUCUCUGGGCAGACACCCUCUUGUCAAUGUCAAGAAGCAAGACCAGGCCAUCCCUACAGCGCCCGUCGGCUUCCCGCCUAUGAACCCCAACGACAAGCGGCCUUUGGCAGGUGUCAAGGUUGUCGAGAUGACCCGCGUGAUUGCCGGUCCAGAGAUCGGAACCAUUUUGGCGGCAUACGGCGCCGACGUCAUCCGCAUCAACCCUCCUCAUUUGCCCGAUAUCAACAUCAUGCAACUUUCCCUCAACGCCGGCAAGCGUACAAUUGCAAUCGAUCUCCGGAAAGAGAAGGACGCUGCCCUGUUGAAAUCGCUCGUGUAUGAGUGCGACGUCUUCAUCCAAGGCUUCCGCAUCAACAAGAUGCCCAAGUUUGGUCUUGGGUUGAACGAUGUCCUGAAGAUGGCUGGCGAGCGUGGCCGGGGCAUCGUUUACGUGAGCGAGAACUGCUACGGCCCCGACGGAUACUACGCCGAGCGACCCGGCUGGCAGCAAAUCGCCGAUGCCGCUGCCGGAUCUGCCUACGUCACCGGACAGUCGCUGAACUUGCCCAACAAUGAGGCUGUACUGCCCAGCUUGCCCAUUUCGGACAUGUCGACUGGAGUUUUGGGCGCAGUCGGCGCCAUGCUUGGCCUGAAGCGACGCGCUCUUGAGGGAGGUAGCUAUUACUCGCAUGCCAGUCUGACUGGCGUGAACGCCUACGCUCUCACUGAAGACGUCGGUCUAUACCCCAAGAGCACGGUGGAGGAAUGCAAGCAGCGAUUCCAAUGGGGUGAGAUGAGGGGAGCCCAUCAUGUUCUGGACCUCCUUGUAACCGUCUGGAACGGCUGGACCAAGGUCCUUGGUGAUUAUUUGAAGCCGGAAGGGGAUUGGUUCCAGAGCUUUGAUGGUAGCGCAUUUGACAAAAAGCGACUGACCAUCUUGAGACCCGUGGUGAGGUUUGAGGGAGACUCAGAGUCAACCCCUGAGUGGAAGAGCCCGAGUGUGCCGUACGCAUACGAGAAGGCGGAGUCUGUUAAGUUUUUGUAA